AUGGGGCAAAUAGCCGGUGACUGGCUGCAGGGACCAUAUGUUUACUACCUUUACAGUACUUAUGGUUUUGGGAAAGGUGAGAUUGGACAGCUCUUUAUUGCGGGAUUUGGGUCUUCCAUGUUGUUUGGAACUAUCGUUGGAUCUCUAGCAGAUAAACAGGGACGAAAGAGAGCAUGUGUCACUUACUGCAUCACGUACAUACUGAGCUGCAUCACCAAGCAUUCUCCCCAAUACAGAGUUCUGAUGAUAGGCCGUGUUUUGGGUGGUAUUGCAACAUCCCUCUUAUUUUCUGCUUUUGAGUCAUGGCUUGUGGCAGAGCACUUCAAGAGGGGUUUUGAUCAGCAAUGGCUCUCAUUAACUUUCUCCAAGGCAAUCUUUCUCGGAAAUGGUCUUGUUGCUAUUCUAUCUGGGCUCUUUGGGAAUUUUCUUGUUGAUUCCCUGAAUCUUGGGCCUGUAUCUCCUUUUGAUGCUGCUGCCAUACUUCUUUCUAUUGGGAUGGCAGUUAUAUUAUCAUCUUGGACUGAGAACUAUGGAGACCCUUCAGAGAACAAGGAUUUGCUUACUCAGUUCAAAGGCGCAGCAGUGGCUAUUGCUUCAGAUGAGAAGAUAGCAUUGCUUGGUGCAAUACAGUCCUUGUUUGAAGGCUCGAUGUACACUUUCGUGUUCCUCUGGACACCUGCCCUAAGCCCGAACGAUGAGGAUAUUCCUCACGGUUUUAUCUUUGCAACUUUCAUGUUGGCAUCAAUGUUGGGAAGCUCAAUCGCUGCCCGCUUACUGGCCCGCAACACAAUUAAAGUGGAAAGUUACAUGCAGAUCGUGUUUGUUAUUUCUUCUGGCUCCCUUUUGCUCCCCAUACUGACUAAUUUCUUGGUGCCAACUUCUCCAAAGGUAAAAGAGGGUGGCAUCUCGUUCUCGGGCUGUCUUCAGCUUCUUGGCUUUUGUACUUUCGAAGCAUGUGUUGGACUCUUUUGGCCUUCCAUUAUGAAGAUGAGAUCCCAAUACAUUCCUGAAGAGGCCCGAAGCACUAUAAUGAACUUCUUCCGCAUCCCACUAAAUAUCUUUGUUUGUGUCGUGCUGUAUAAUAAAAAUACAAAUGACAUGGAUGAAAAUAUCCAAAGUGGAAUUAGACCUUUGCACCAUCACCACGAAUUCCAGAUUUUUUCAGCAUUUGGAGCUCUGGCUAUGGCUAAUUCAUUUGCUCACAUCAGCACACAAUAUCAUAAAUUUCAACCUUAUACUAUUGAAACAAAUUCUUCUUGUUUUGUUCCAAAAGCUAUUAAACUACACAGCAGAAGAAAAAGCAGCUCAAGCAUCUACAGAGCUCUCAGGGUUCAAAAUGCAGCAACCAAGAAGGCAAAAACACCAGCUGAAGAAGAUUGGAAGAUCAAACGACAAAUUCUGCUCGAGAAAAGGGUAAGAAGUGUUGAUGUAAAGGAAGCCUUUCGACUUCAGAACGAGAAUAAUUUCGUCAUUCUUGAUGUGCGGCCAGAGGCCGAGUUCAAAGAGGCUCAUCCUGAAGGUGCCAUUAAUGUGCAAAUAUAUCGGCUGAUAAAGGAAUGGACUGCUUGGGACAUAGCCAGACGAGCUGCGUUUGCUUUCUUUGGCAUAUUUUCAGGAACAGAAGAGAAUCCUGAAUUUAUCCAAAGUGUGGAGUCUAAGAUAGCUAAGGAUGCGAAAAUUAUAGUCGCGUGUUCAGCUGGAGGAACAACAAAGCCGUCACAGAAUCUUCCGGAAGGACAGCAGUCGAGGUCACUUAUAGCAGCUUACUUGCUUGUUCUCAACGGGUACACUAACGUCUACCACUUGGAAGGAGGGAUUUACAAUUGGUUCAAAGAAAGCCUGCCAUCAGUAUCUGAAGACUGAAGUCCAGUGAAACGAAAUUUGUUUUGAGAUGUUAUAAAAGUCUAUGUUUUGUUCUAAAGUUCUAAUGCAUAGGAUUCGUUGCGUGUGUUUGAGAAAUCAAUUGUGCAUCUUUUACAGAUUUUACGUAGUUAUAAGUUUCUCCUGAUGCAAAAUGAACUUAAGUUGAACAAAAUUAAAAAUCGCUGUUCCUUUGUAUGGAAAAUGUUAAAAAAUUUGAGAAGGGAUUAUCAAAAUCAUAAAUAAAAG